GAACACAAAAAACUAAAGAAUUCAUGGUCAAUCGGUAAAGGUAAAUACUUCACUUCACCUUGUGUAUAUAACAGAAAAAAUGCUGAAUAUGUGGUAGUUCAGCAAGAAAAUAUUAUUCGAAUAUUCUCUGAACAAAGUUUUAAUGAUGGACAGACAUUUACUGUAAAUAUUCCAAUCAAAGAAGUACAGCCUGAUACUAAUCAGAUUGAUUCGUUUGUUGUGUUCAUAAACACUACCAUUCUACCAUUAGAAGUUGUGCUACAAAAUCCAGAUCAAAUUGCAAAAGAGGGCAAUUUUGAAGGGAAAAUCUUGUUCAGUAAAAUAUUGACAAACUUGACUUAUGUUAUAUGUGUACAAAAAAAUAACAAUAAAUGUAAUUUAAGAAUCGUUAACGGAGAACAAGAAUGGCAAAUUUCGUUCCAGUAUAAAAAUUUGGAAUUAUCAGCUGCGUGUGUUGAUCAUGUUUCAUCUGAUAUUGUAAAAAUCUUUUCUGUGUGGAGCGAUGGUUGUUUGUGUGAAACAAUCAUAUCUCUACCUGUUAAUGAAAACUAUAAAACGGAGUUUAAAAAGGUUUAUCAGUUUAAUACAAGCUGUAGUGGAAACAUCACUUUGGUAAAUUUGUCUAGUACCUGUAUUGCUGGUUUGUUCCCACAUGAAAGUAAUCAAUGUGAAAUAUUGGCAGUCGAUGUUAAAUUUGGAAUGUGUCAUUCUGUAAUGUCAAAUUUAUCAUCAUAUGCGCAGAUGUAUGUAUCAAGAAGUAAUUUAUAUAUGGAUGACCAGCAGUCUGUUUCUAUUGUGCCUUUUAGUAGCCAACCUAUUACAUUGUCUUCUGUUUUGGGAAAGCAUAGAGCAUCUACAAGCAAGCAAGUCGUAAAUAUGAAUUCCAAUAAUUGUCCAAAUCAAACGAAUGAGCAACAGCUGUAUGAGACUUUAUUGCAGGUCGAAAAUGAAAAACAGGCAAUCAAGCAAUGGGAAAAAAGUUGGAGAGCAAAAUCCCAUUUAGAGCAACAGAAGCUUACUUCUUCUAAUUCAAUGAAAGAGUUAUUCAUUCACUUAACAGACGAUAAACAACCAUGGAAGCCUUUGCUACUGAAGAAUAUUUUGAAAACUACCCAAAUUAGCUCAAAUAUUUGUCCCAACUUGAUUAAUGUUGUGCUUGAACACAAUGAAUGGAGUUUAUUAUUUGUUUGUGUAAAACAUCUACACGACAUCACCGAAGUUGAAAUUGUGACUUGUUUGAGUGUCCUAUUGAGGAAUGAAAUAGAUAUGGAGUCACUGCAAGAAGAAAUACUAAAUGAAAUUUUAAAUCUUCCAUAUACUGAAGAUGUGAUGAGAGACAAUUUGCGUCGCCUAACUUUCACAAAAGUUGUGAAUUUAUUGAAGAUGUUGGAAAGAAGGUUGAAAGAACUAUCUUUACCCAUUACAAAUUUAAUAACUUUCAAUCAGGUUGCAUCAUGGAUAGGUUUGUUAUUAGAUACUCAUUCCACUGAAAUAAUAACCACACCUGAGAUUUGGUAUUUGCUAACAGAACUACAAGCCACAAUUCUAAUGCAGGCUGAACUGUUUUCUGAACUAAAGAAAAUUAAUGCCAUUUUCACCCAAUAUAGACAAUCAUCAUUUCCCAUUAAAAAUCCCAAUAAUUUUGAAUAUUGUAUACAGCGAAUGGUUUUGUAAUUCGAAAAAAAAUAAACAUAAUGAAAAGAAAAUUA